AUGACGGCUAGGGUUUUGGGAGGCGAUUUUGAGGGUUUGAGCGAGGAAGGAAAGGAUGCUACCAUGGAGGAUAUCGGAGGGAAAGGAAGGCCACCGGGAGAUCCACCAGAUAACUCUGGCUCUUGGUUGCAGAAAGUAGUAGGGAGUAGCGUUGGAGGGAUGCCUGUUCCGGAGGAAGCAGUGGGAGAGGAUUUUGUGGAAUCGAGAUUGAGAUUGGAGUUUCCGAACGGGGAAGAUGGAGAACCGGUGAUAACGAUAGAAGAUGAAGUGUUGAUGGCUAUGAAUAAUCUGUGGAAGAGAUGCAUGAUCGUUAGAGUUUUGGGUAGGAAUGUUCCAAUCUCGAGCCUUAAUAGAAAACUAAAAGAACUAUGGAAACCAAAAGGGUCGAUGUUUGUCGUGGAUCUUCCUAGACAGUUCUUUAUGGUACGUUUUGAGCUAGAGGAGGAGUAUAUGGCUGCCCUAUCAGGGGGUCCGUGGAGGGCUUUUGGUAGCUACCUUAUGGUACAAGCAUGGACUCCGGAGUUUGACCCAUUGAAGGAUGAUAUAGUGACUACUCCGGUGUGGGUUCGCUUAUCACACAUCCCAGUCAACUUCUAUCAUAAAACGAUUUUGAUGGGAAUAGCCAAAGGGCUAGGACGACCAAUUAAGGUAGAUGGAACAACGUUGAAGUUUGAAAGGGCGAGAUUUGCGAGAAUCUGUGUGGAGGUAAACAUAAAUAAGCCAUUGAAGGGAUCGGUGAUGAUAAAUGGUGAGAGGUAUUACGUCUCCUAUGAAGGGAUCUCAGCCAUAUGUUCGACAUGUGGUAUGUAUGGUCAUCUCGUUCAUGCAUGUCCACGGAAUGCCACAGAGAAAGCACCGAGUCAAGUGAUUAACCGAGAAAUCGUAAAUCAUGUGAGCACGGAAGCAAAAGAAAUGGACGAGGGAUUUAUCCAAGGAAAACAGGCGAGGAGGAAGCCUGAACAAUCGAGGCAGACAGGAAGCUCCAUGCAGAGCAAUAGAGGUAGAAAUAUGGUGGGGAGUAAGACAAGGGAAGCACGUAAAGGGAAUUCGGGGAAGGAAAUAAAGGUAUCCAAUAGGUUUGGGAGCUUAGUGGAAGAGAGGGAGAAGGAAGAGCUCACAAAGGAUACUGGGAGAGUAGAUGAGAAUAAAGAGAAUGAAGAUACAGUGAACUUGAGCUCAGAGGAUUUGAGUCGAGUUCGUGGAAAAGCUAUUGCUUUUGGCCAUAACGAGAAGAAUAUGCAGUUUACUGCAACUGAGAAGAAAGGGAGUCAACAGGUAGCCCGUUUGGGCCCGAAGGAGAAGAAGGGGAGUAUCUUGCGAGGCCCACACUUUCAAAAGUCUAAAUUGAAGCCUAUUGGGCCUACACGAGGACUAAUUUAUGGCCCAGCUAGAGGAGAGCUAGAUCUAUCGGUGAGUGGAAAGAGACUUCGAGUGGAGAAGGAGAGUAUUGGUAGACCUGGUGGUGUUUUCGCCGGAGAUAGAGAAUCAGGGGAAAAUGAGAAGAACUGUCAGACUUGUGAGCGGAGGAUUAUACAGGAGAUAUUGGCACCGUCGGCGACUCCAAUUCUGGAUGAAUCGGAAGCUGGUGGAGGUCGGUUGGAAGAAGGAUCGAAGAGUAUGGAGGCAUAA